GCCUGACGAUAACCGAAAUAACGGGACCUCGCAGUUUGUUUUUAUUUACAUUUUCUUUUACCGUGUUACUACACAUUUUAUGCUCCGCACAUAAAAUUAGUAUUUGACAAAUUAAUCAAUGGAAUCUAAAGAUGACGAAUAUUGGAACGAUACAGCCAGUAAAUCAUUUAACUUUGAUGACGAUGAGGUUGCCGUUCUGGAAGUUCCCAGUACCACCCGGCAAAGUAUUUUUGGCGAAGACAGUGCAUCCGAGGUGAAUUAUGCCAGUAAUCAGCACGAACUGCCUCUGCAUAUGAUAAUCUCUAAUGUUGAUCUGGCAGACGUUCUGGACGAUCAAUCGCGGAACGAAAAAGCAUUACCAAAAGGAAUUAGCUUAGAGGAGGAAGUGAAAUUGCUUAGAAAAAAGAUACAGCAACUGAGCUAUGCUCCCUCGAUAAGCACGGUAUUGGCAACGGUCGCUCUAGGGAAACCCUGUACGUUGGAAAUGUUCCGCUCGCUACGGGAGAAAGAAGAGCUACUUGACGAAGCAAUCGCAUGUGGAAAUGGGAACGCCAUUCUGAAAGUGGUUCUGUUUCUGGAACGAACCCUGAAGAAAAAGCUGUUCUACAGAUUAUUGCAAACCCGUCCCGAAGCUGUCAAUCACUAUGUGAACUAUAUGGCAGUUCGACUGAGGGUCACCGAAUGUACAGAUUUAUUGGUGUUCCUUGGCAGGCAUCAUGAAGCUAGCUUACUACAAUUUUCCGUCUAUGUCCGAAGCACCUCAAACAUUGAGUUCAAGCGACAAAGAUUAAAAAAGAUCUAUGCCGAUUACUUUUCACAACCAGGAGCGAACGUCUUCUACGCUCAACUUGUGGCGAAUUACAUUAAUCUAAUAGAGUUCCAAAUAGCUGAACAGCAUUCAAACGGUUUGAACGUCGGUUCCAUCUUGGAUCAGUCUGUUCUGAAUACACUAUUCUAUGUCUGUGGGCGAUACAAAUGGGGAGACACUUCGCUGCAGACUAACGAGAAUCCUUUCAAACUAGUAGAAGCGCACCAAGUAGCCCAAUCGCAAUUCGAGUGGAUCGCAUUGAAUGAACGCGCGAGACGGCAAGCUUGGCUCGACUUUGAACACAUUUUCGAGAAGAAAGCAUGGCUCAAUUUGAAGCAGAAAUCAUUCAACAUACACAUUCCACUGGACAAAACCAUCCUGCGCCUAUUUGCUCUACACGCACCCGAUCCAGUGUUGAGCAAUUUUCUCAGUAAAGUGGAAGACCCUCAGCGAAGGUUGGUUUUGGCGAGAAAAGUCAAUGCGAAAAAAACGAUCAUUGAUGCACUGGUAGCUUUAAAGGAUCGCAUUGAACUAGAGAGCUAUCGGAACUCAUUGGAUGCUGGAACCGAAGAGCGAUUUUAUGCUGAAAACGCUAUUAAAUCGCUGAACAAGUGGAAGAGUGAUGCCAUUAAACUGAUCAAAUGAAAUUCUUCAUGAGACCCUCUACACACUGAACAAAAAUAUAUUUAAUUAUACAUUUUAA